AUGCUAGUUGAAGUACUGAUUUCUUUGUUGGCCAGUGUGGGAAAACGUUUUGCUAUCGCCGAGGAUCUCACACCCCAUUCAGCCUCAUUUGUGCCCUACUCGGUACGACUUGCUGUCGAACUGCGACACUUGCAUCGACGUUUGAUGCUGGCACUGUACGGGGAGAAAUCAAUCGUACUGAGAGUGAGUUUAUGUCACGGGAAUUUUCUUGUUUAUUUUUGUCUACGAACAAUCCUGUAUCUAUCAAGUAGCUUUUACCACUUCUCCGAUUUUGCUUCAUGA